AUGACUCAAAGCUGGCCUCGCGGAGCCUACGUAGAGCAGCGUCGAGGGGCGCCGCCCGGGGCCGGGACCCAGAGACGGUGCCGGGAGCAGUCCGCGGGGGAAGGGGUCCGGAGACAUGGGGUGGCGGUGGCGGAGCGCGACGCGGCAGGGCGGGCAGGUGGCGGCGCAACGGCGGUAGGCGGGGCCGGCGGCGCUGGGGUUAAUGUCCGCCCCGCCUCGGUCGCACUGACUCAGUUUCACCAGAAACCCGGGGAGGAAGUGGCCGAGCCUCAGCGCACCCGGCACCGGGGCGGAAGCGGGGGCCCGAGCCGCGCAGGAAGCCGGGACCGGAACCUCGGCAGGGGCAGCCCCACCCCACUCACCUGCGCAGGUAACCCGGGCCCCGGAGCGCGAGGCGGGGACGGAGCGGGCUCGGAGCAUGUGUGGCCCUUUGUUCUGCGCUGCUGCGUGUGCCCGGGUCUCAAGCACCCUCGGAGCCCAGAGGGCCGCACAGUGAAGGUGACCCCCGUGGGGAGGAGGGCAACGGCCCCGGGAAGGAUGAUGGCCCGUGCCCGCCUCUCCCAGGCCAGCGUCCCAGCAAUCACCGUGUGGCUCCUGUGCGCCCUCGAUCUCUUGGGCACCGAGGCCGGGCCGCCGCCCGCGCCCCCCGGCCUGCCCGCGGGAGGCGCCUGCCUGGACCGCUUUACCGCCGGGGUGCCUGCCUUCGUGCUCGACACCGAGGCCUCGGUCGGCAACGGGGCCACCUUCCUGGGCUCCCCGACCGUGCGCCGCGGCUGGGACUGCGUGCGCGCCUGCUGCACCACCCAGAACUGCAACCUGGCGCUGGUGGAGCUGCAGCCCGACGGCGGGGAGGACGCCAUUGCCGCUUGCUUCCUAAUGAACUGCCUCUACGAGCAGAACUUCGUGUGCAAGUUCGCACCCAGGGAGGGCUUCAUCAACUACCUCACGCGGGAGGUUUACCGCUCCUACCGCGAGCUUCGGACCCAGGGCUUUGGAGGGUCCCGGAUCCCCAAGACCUGGACAGGCAUAGACUUGAAGGUGCAGCCCCAGGAACCGCUGGUGCUGAAGGGUGUGGAGAACACAGAUUGGUCCCUACUGCAGGGUGACACAGAUGUCAGAAUAGAGAAGAAUGAGGCGGACCAGGUGAAGCUGUGGGGACUCAAGGAAGGCACCUACCUGUUCCAGCUGACAGUGGCCGACUCAGACCAGCCAGAGAGCACGGCCAAUGUCACAGUUACUGUGUUGUCUGCCAAGCAGACAGAAGAAUAUUGCCUUGCAUCCAACAAGGUGGGCCGCUGCCGCGGUUCCUUCCCCCGCUGGUACUACGACCCCACAGAACAGAUUUGCAAGAGUUUCAUUUAUGGAGGUUGCUUGGGCAAUAAGAACAACUACCUUCGGGAAGAAGAGUGCAAGCUAGCCUGCCGGGAUGUGCAAGGCCCCUCAAUGGACAGGCACCGUCCAGUGUGCUCUGGCACCUGUCACCCCACCGAGUUCCGCUGCAGCAAUGGCUGCUGCAUCGACCGCUUCCUGGAGUGUGACGACACUCCCGACUGCCCCGACGCCUCUGAUGAGGCCACCUGUGAAAAAUACACCAGUGGCUUCGAGGAGCUCCAGAACAUCCAUUUCCCCAGUGACAAAGGGCACUGCGUGGACCUGCCAGACACAGGCCUCUGCCUGGAGAACAUCCCACGCUGGUACUACAACCCCUUAAGUGAACGCUGUGCCCGCUUCACCUAUGGUGGUUGUUACGGCAACAAGAACAAUUUUGAGGAGGAGCAGCAAUGUCUCGAGUCCUGUCGUGGCAUCUCCAAGAAGGAUGUUUUUGAUCUGCAGCGGGAAAACCCCAUUCCUAAUGUAGGCUCCGUGGAGGUGGCCAUUGCAGUAUUCCUGGCCACCUGCAUCGUGGUGGUGGUCACCAUACUGGGUUACUGCUUCUUCAAGAACCAGAGAAAGGGCUUCCACAGACACCACCACCACCACUGCCACCCCCAACCCCCUACCCCUGCCAGCUCCACAGUCUCGACCACAGAGGACACGGAGCACCUGGUCUAUAACCACACAACCCGGCCCCUCUGAGCCUGGGGCUACCUUAGCCUUUCACUCUAGAACUCUCGCAGACGCUUUCCAGCUCUCACCUGGCCCUGCUUCCUUUUUGCCAAGAUGGAAGCCUGAGCUGGGGAAGACUUUGGGGCCAGACCGCUCUAGCCUGUUUUCCAGGCCCACUCCUGAGGCCAGGCUCCAGCCCCUCUGGAAUAUGUCUCAGCUAAGCUUAGGCCUCUGGUUCCUGAGAAAGCUCCAGGGCCUGGGAGGAGCAGAAAACCUUUGAACCCAGAGUCCCACACACAGAUGGACCUGUCUGCCUGGGAUCUCGAAGAAGUUGGAGUUUUGUUUCCUGUUCAAAGCUGCAAUGUCAGAAGCUGGAGGUCCCAGCCCUGCCCUUCAGACCUGGCCCUGCCACUAUGCACAGUUAAGGGCUGGGGGGUAGGACCUCCCUGUAUAUUUUGUGCUGUAUAGAGUUCCUUUUUGUUUAUUUAAUGCCAUGGGGAUGGGUGAGAGGAGUGGGAAGGGGCUGCCUCUUCCCUGCCCCCAAGAGUGCACCCUGCAGAGCCUGAUGCUCUGUAUUCUCCCCACAUGCCCCAGGGCUCUCAGGCAUCACACCCCACCCAUCCUCCUGCCCUCCACAGGCCCCAUCCACCCACAGUGUAAUAAAAUAGUUGGUUCUGUGA